AUGUCUGAACAAUUGAGGCAAACGUUUGCCAACGCCAAAAAAGAAGGAAGAAAUGCAUUAGUUACCUUUAUGACCGCUGGAUACCCAACGGUAGAUGAUACAAUUCCAAUUUUGAAAGGCUUUCAAGAAGGUGGUGUCGAUGUUAUUGAGCUAGGUAUGCCUUUUUCCGAUCCAAUCGCUGAUGGACCUACUAUCCAAGUAGCUAACACGGUUGCAUUGAAAAAUGGUGUUACCGUCAAGAGUACCUUGGAAAUGGUUCGUAAAGCUAGAGAAGAAGGUAUUACAGUGCCAUUGAUACUGAUGGGUUACUAUAACCCGGUUCUUAACUAUGGUGAGGAACAGUUCAUCAAAGAUGCUGCAGAAGCAGGUGCUAAUGGAUUUAUUAUUGUGGAUUUGCCACCAGAGGAAGCUUUAAAAGUCAGAAAUUAUGUAAGAGAGAGCGGAUUGAGUUUGAUUCCAUUGGUUGCUCCAUCUACCACAGAUGAGAGGUUAGAGCUUUUAUCUCAUAUUGCCGAUUCAUUUGUUUACGUCGUCUCAAGAAUGGGUACUACCGGUGCGCAGACUUCUGUGGCCCAAGAUUUAUCUCAAUUGGUUACUCGUGUACGGAAAUAUACAAAGGAUAUCCCAUUGGCUGUUGGCUUUGGUGUUUCGACAAGAGAGCAUUUCAAGGAUGUUGGAUCCCUGUCCGAUGGUGUUGUAAUUGGAUCUAAAAUUGUCACCUUAUGUGCGGAGGCUGCCAAGAAUGAUCGUUAUGCAACUGCAAAAAACUAUGUGGAGUCUAUCCUAGCGGGUUUAAAGCACCAAGUUUUGUCAAAGGAUGAAUUUUUGAAAAUGCAAGCAGCAUCCUUGCGAAAUGCAAGUCAAACGAAAGCGUUGGUUGAUGAUUUCAAUGAAAAGCAUACGUUUCCCACCAGAUUUGGUGAUUUCGGUGGCCAAUAUGUUCCUGAAGCUUUGCAUGCAUGUUUGAGAGAGUUAGAACAGGGUUUUGAUGAGGCCGUUGCUGACCCACAAUUCUGGGAUGAUUUCAAAUCUCUUUAUUCUUAUAUCGGUCGUCCAUCCUCUCUUCAUAGGGCAGAGCGACUUACCAAACAUUGUGGCGGUGCCCAAAUUUGGUUGAAAAGAGAGGAUUUGAAUCAUACAGGAUCUCACAAAAUUAACAAUGCCCUGGCUCAAGUUCUUCUUGCCAAAAGAUUGGGAAAAGCUAAGGUUAUUGCUGAAACUGGUGCAGGUCAGCAUGGUGUUGCAACUGCUACGGCUUGUGCAAAGUUUGGUCUUGAAUGUACCGUUUUCAUGGGUGCUGAAGAUUGUCGUCGUCAAGCCUUGAACGUUUUCAGAAUGAAAAUUUUGGGUGCCAAAGUUGUUCCGGUCACAAAUGGUACCAGAACAUUGAGAGAUGCCACAUCUGAGGCUUUCCGUUUUUGGGUCACCAAUCUGAAAAGUACAUACUAUGUUGUUGGCUCUGCCAUCGGACCUCAUCCUUAUCCUACCUUGGUCAGAACCUUCCAAUCAGUCAUUGGUAGAGAGACAAAGGAACAAUUCGCAGCAUUAAAUAACGGUAAGCUACCGGAUGCUGUAGUUGCAUGUGUUGGUGGUGGCUCAAACUCUACUGGUAUGUUCUCUCCAUUCGAAAAAGAUUUAAGUGUAAAGAUGCUUGGUGUUGAAGCUGGCGGUGAAGGUGUUGACACAGCUUUCCACUCCGCUACUUUAACUGUCGGUAGACCCGGUGUUUUCCACGGUGUUCGUACAUAUGUUUUACAAGACAACGAUGGGCAAGUGCAUGAUACCCAUUCAGUCUCUGCUGGUUUAGAUUAUCCAGGUGUUGGCCCGGAACUAGCAUUCUGGAAAGCCACCGGUCGUGCUGAUUUUGUUGCAGCUACCGAUGCUCAAGCUCUUCAGGGUUUCAGAUUACUUUCUCAAUUGGAAGGUAUUAUUCCAGCUUUAGAAUCGUCACAUGCAGUGUACGGAGCAUGCGAACUGGCAAAAACUAUGACACCAGAGCAACAUUUAAUUAUAAAUAUAUCUGGUAGAGGUGAUAAAGACGUACAAAAUGUUGCUGAAGUUUUACCUAAACUUGGACCAACCAUCGGUUGGGACUUGAGAUUUGAAGAAGAUCCCACUCAAGGAAAAUAA